CGUUUGAUCAAUGUGUUACAGGUGAACCAUGAGAGACUCUUCACUAAGGGUAGAGUCGUGCAGUGGAGUGCCUUCCGGGGCCACCGACCCUGCGACGUCUCUCCGGUAUGACAUGGUUGAGUGGUCUUCUACUCUUAUCACUGAUUAUCAACACCCAAUCGGAAUCGGUCGACAUUGACCACUCUUUUGCGUCACGUGUGUAUGGAACAGAGUUACUCCUCUUGGAGAGUGAUUACCAAAACCAGAAAACAUACAAGUUUGAGGAUUUUUUCUGGACUGGCUCUGGCGAUGGGUCUGAUGAUGAAUACCCAUGGACUGAUAAACCGACAACCAUUUACAAAACCAAAACCGUCCUUUCGACUAUUUAUCUUGAACCAUCGACAAUGAUAAAUACAACCACCAAAUGUUCAUUUAAUUGUGAAACUCCAGUUACCACAACUGAAGAAAUCACUCCAACCCCAACUCAGCCCCCUGAUGACGACUUCUUAAAUGCCGACCGUCAUUUUUGGUUGUUAACAGUAUUAAAAAGUGAUGGCAAAGAUCCCGUCAUUAUUGAUCUCAAAAAUAGUUUAGCUAAACUAUAUAAAACCGCAUUUCAAAGACAACAGGAACGUCACUUAGGGAUCGUAAACCGUGAUAAAAGAGACGCUAAAAGUCUGGACAAACCGGUCAAGGUCUACAUCCACAAUGUUGAGAAAAGUAAAAUAAACGGUGACGAAAAAAUCGAAGUCCUUUAUCACGUUUCAGUUUCGGGAAAACCGGUUGAUGCUGUAACUGCAGCCGCAGACAUGACUUUGAUAACCGACGACGAAGUCAGGAACGAAUUAGGAUAUCCUUUCCUCAUCAAAGCCGAACCGUAUUUGAAGCCACCAGCCCCUCAAGGCCUCUCCCGUUCAAAAAACACCUGGAUUUUCAUCGGAGUUUCAAUCGUGGCUCUUUUAGCAAUUCUCCUGGUUGUGGCUUUCCUAACCUUAGCUCUAACAAAGCGUAAAAAACGCCCCUCGUCUGGUAUGGAAAAUCGGAGGCAAAUUUUCGAACGGGGGGCUAUUAAUGAACCUAAACCGGACCAAUCACCCACUUAUAUUAAUUUCCGAAACCAGCCGUCGAAUCAGACACUCAGGAGCGUCUCCGCGACAAGACCCCGAAGUUCAAUAAGCUCGAGUUCGGCCAGUUCGACGAGUCUUGAUAUUUCCCCACUAAUGGCUUUGAAAAAGCAACGAACUCCCCCGAAGCCCCCACGUCCUAAAGCUGCGACUAAUUUGAAAAGAAUCGCGCCGGAGCUUUUGGAUUCCGAUAGUAAUGGGAGUAAAAGAGAGUCACCUGAGACGAUUUACGAUCCGGGGGUGGUAAGCCCCAAGUCGUAUUUAUCUAUGCCGUCAGUUAAGGCUUUUCCCAGAGGAUGUAUGCCGGAACCUUUGAACAAAGUUUUGGAACCGGUGAGUGUCUUACAUUUGGAUAUGCCGGACGAUGAUGGGCUUCUCCGAGGCGAAAGAACCGACUCUAGGUAUGGUUUAAGAAGACAUGGGAGUUUUGGGGCUAUGGAAGAUCCAGGAGUUAUAGGGCCCGUCGUGUGGAACAUGCACUGCCAGCGAUUGCAACACGGGGUGAGUGUGGACGAGGGUAUCGACGACCUAAAAGUGCCCUCCAACGUCUCCCGUAUGCGUAAACGCUUCCACGAUCUUCUCGACGACACUUUCAGCCUUUUCGGCAGCCGGCGUGAGAGCCCCUCCAAACCGCCCCCAAUCGAGGUCAAAAGCCACUCAGCCGUUAAUAGACCCAACGAUGAUACCCAACCUACAGUCCGCCCCCGGCCGAAAACCACCGAUCCUCGCCGAAUGCUACCAUCCCCGGGAAGUACCAAACCGAAAGGCGCGUGGGCUAGCACGGCCCCUUCGCCCCUUAUCCGACCCCUCAGUGCCGACAUAACCCCGAAAAUCAAUGUCGAGCAUAUUUUAGCGGAGGGAAAGUUCAGAGCCAAUGAUCCUGCAGUGCCUUUAAUCGCGGCUAUUAAAAGCGAAAUAGAGAAAUGUUCGCUGCCGGGGAGUACCACAGAUGUUAGAAAGUAGAUGUUUUUGUUGUUUAUUUAUUUGAUUUGUUAUAUUACAAACGUAACAAAUUUAAAUAUAUUUGAAAAACUC